ACACUUGAACAGGUUAAGCUCAGAAGUUCCUAGAGGGGCGGGGGAAGAGGGUGUAACAAGUGGAAAUUCACUUAAGAGGAUUAUUGCGCUCGUUAGUUCCCUGCCGGUCUUCUCGAGGAUGCCCGGCAAUGCCGGCCGGAAUCGAGUCACAAGCAAAUCAAUGGCUGUCCUGAUGAGUUGCUUUAGCUCCUAAAAUGAGAUAAACGUUCCAGGAUGAGCUGUCGGGGUUGUCACCUGUCAGGAGAGCGCGGUGGUCCAUUCCCGGGCGAGCCUCUGCACCAGAGAGCGGUUUCCUGACCGGGACGUUGGCACCGGCAGCCUGCUGAGGGACAUGAGGACAAGACCCGCUGGGAUUGGCGAUGUCAAUGCCGACUGGAUGGGUUCCCUUCCCUCCAAACUCAGUGCCAUGCCUCUCAAGUACCUCGCCGUACCAGGUUCUCACGACUCCUUCACCUUCUGGGUGGACGUGCAUGCUCCCGUGGGCCCUGAUCAGAAGGCUUACGUAAAGUAUCUGGCCACAGUGUUCAGCGUGCUAGCCAAGAAAGUCAUGGUGAAGUGGUCAAUGACACAGAACCUGACGUUUAGGGAGCAAUUAGAUGCAGGGAUCCGUUACUUUGAUCUCAGGGUGUCUGCUAAACCCGGCGAACCUGGAAAUGAGAUCUAUUUCAUCCAUGGCCUCUUUGGACACAAGGUGAGGGAUGGCCUGUUAGAAAUCAGCUCCUUCUUAGGCAGACACAAGAAAGAGGUCGUGUUUUUGGACUUCAAUCACUACUAUGCGAUGGAUGCAGAGCACCACGUGUACCUCAUCCGAAUGCUCCAGGAGGUGUUUGGCAGUAAGCUGUGCAGCGACUGCGCAGUGGAGAGCGUCACCCUCAACUACCUGUGGGAGAAGAAAUACCAGGUCAUUGUGUUCUACCAUCAUCCUUCAGCACAAGGUAUCCCUGUAAUGUGGCCUGGCAAUAAAAUCCCCGCUCCUUGGGCAAACACCACUGAGCCCAACAAGCUUAUAAAGUUCCUGGACACUACGCUAAAAGAGCGAAACAAACAGGGGUCCUUCCAUGUCACCCAGGCCAUCCUCACUCCUACGGUCAACACUGUGGCCAAGGGUCUGGUCUGGGGUCUGCGCGAUUACCUGGUGGAAAAAAACCUGCCCGUCAUAAUGUCUUGGGUUCAGACUCAACGGCCAGGGGCGGACGGAGUCAACAUCAUCACUUCGGACUUUGUGGAGCUCACCGACUUUGCGAACAUUGUGAUUAAACUCAACAACCUGCUGCUGUCAGACCCGGAACGCAAAACGAGAUGACACACGUCAGGUUUUUGAACCGAGGUCGGAUGGUGCGCUUUUUUCCCCCCCCACCUUGUUCGAAUAAACUUGUAUUGAAGCUGAA